UUUUUCGUUGUCGAACUGUACUACCCACUGUUUAAUGGAGGUAACAACAUCUGGCAGGGCAGCACAAGUCAACAGAACACCGGAAAUAAUAUGAUCCUCUGAUCUUUGAGUGUACGUCUGAUUUGACUGAUAUACAAACCUGUUACAACCCAGGAGGGACUACUUCCUUAAAAGUGAAACUAAACUUACGAAUAACAACCUGGAACGUUUUAAGGUUUUUAGAUAACAACAAGGUUAUGUAUUUCUGAGACGUGCAAAGACGAAAGUGAAACAUUUGAUAUUCACAGACAUAAAGAGAAGACGAGCAAUGGCAGAAUUUUUACCAACUUCGCCAAGACAGAACAGGAGACAACGUAUGGAUAAACCUCCAUCUCUGACACCCUCCAGUGGUCCUCUGGCUGAGGAGCUUCAGUGUUCAGUGUGUCUGGAUGUGUUCACUGAUCCAGUCAGCACUCCAUGUGGACACAACUUCUGUAAGAGGUGCCUGAACCAGUGCUGGAACAACAGUCAGAACUGUUACUGUCCAUUCUGUAAAGAAACAUUCAGUAAAAGACCCGACCUCAAGAUCAACACAGCACUUCGACAGGUUGUACAACUCUUUGAGGAAAAGUUCAGUCUGAUGAAAUUUGAAGUUCUCUGUGAUAUUUGCAAUGACGUAAAGCUGAAAGCCUUGAAGUCCUGUCUGGUGUGUCAGACCUCUUACUGUGAAACUCACCUGGAGCCUCAUCUGAGAGUCCUGAGCUUAAAGAAACACAAACUGAUGGACCCUGUGGAGAAUAUAAAGGACUAUAUAUGCCAGAAACACGAGAGACCUCUGGAGCUGUUCUGUAGAGAUGAUCAGACGUAUGUGUGUGUGUUUUGCACUGAUGGAGACCACAAGACUCACAACACUGUUCAUCUAGAGGAGGAGAGUAAAAAUAAGAAGGCUCAGCUGGUGAAGACACAGAAGGACAUGCAGCAGAGGAUGCAAGACAGAAUUAGGAAGAUUCAAGACAUCAAACAUUCAGCAGAACUCAGAAAAAAAAGCACAGAGCAAAAGAAAGCAGCCAGUGUUAAGCUCUUCAGCGAUCUGAUUCGCUCCAUUAAGAGAUGUCAGGCUGAGCUGCUGGAGAUGAUGGAGGAGAAGCAGAAAGCAGCUGAGAAACAGGAGGAAAAACUUAUUCAAGAGCUGCAGCAGGAACUCACUGAGCUCAAGAUGAGAAACACUGAGCUGGAUCAUCUCUUACACACUGAGGAUCACCUCCAGCUCCUACAGAUCGAUCCAUCCCUGUACAGUCCUCCACCCACCAGGAACUGGCCUGAGAUCAGUAUGAAUACUGAUGUGAGUGUGGAGGCUCUGAGGAGAGCUCUGACUCAACUGCAGGAAACUCUAGACCAGAAACUCAGUCAAACUGUUAUGAAGAGGAUGCAGCAUCAUGCAGUGGAUGUGACUCUGGAUCCUUAUACAGCCCAUCCAAAUCUCAUCCUAUCUGAUGAUGGGAAACAAGUGACACAUGGGGACAUUAAACAGGAGCUCCCAAACAACCCGGAGAGGUUUGAUUACAGUGCCUCUGUCCUGGGAAAAGAGGGAUUCUCCUCAGGGAGAUUUUAUUUUGAGGUUCAAGUGAAGGGAAAGACCGGCUGGACUUUAGGAGUGGCCAGAGAAUCUAUUAACAGGAAGGGGCCGAUUGCAAUGCGCCCUCAGUGUGGAUGCUGGGCAAUUUGGCUGAGGAAUGGGAAUGAAUAUUGGGCUUGUGCUGGUCCUCUUGUCUCUCUGUCUCCAAGAGUGAAGCUGCAGAAGGUGGGGGUGUUUGUGGAUUAUGAGGAGGGUCUGGUCUCCUUCUAUGAUGUAGAGUCUAGAUCUCAUAUUUACUCUUUCACUGGUCAGUCUUUCACUGAUGUAUUAUACCCAUAUUUUUGUCCCUAUCCUAAUGAUAAAGGUCAAAAUUCAGCACCGCUGAUCAUCUCACCUGUUAAUUAUAAUUACUGAAUGUACAACCCAGAUAUGAAAUGAAGCACAGACAUGUUAAUCUAAAAAGAAAAUAAUAAAAUGAACAAAUUAUUUUUUUUUUAUAUUGAACAUCUUUUAACUUGAGUGCCUUGUUGAUAAAAUAACAUGUUUUGUGAAAUGCAACAAGAGCAUAAGUGCAACUGUAAAAGAAGCAUGUUUUAUAUAAAAAUAAUUGAACAGUAGACCUAGCACAAAACAUGUUCCGUGUGAACGGGCCCUAUUACUUCUUUGGCUCUGAUUAGAACCAUUUCUGUUGGUGGAGGCUUUGGGCAGUGCAAAAGAAAUAGAUUAACUGACUACACUGUAUCUGAAUACAUUGUAAAUGAAGCAAAGACAUAUUAUUCUAAAAAGACAAUGGGCCUCAUUCAUGAAACUUGCGUAAAUAUAAGAGUAAAUUAUGAGUAAUUUGCACGUAAAACAGACCUACCUGAAAACUCUCCUCCGGAUUCACAAACUCUUCAUAAACAUCCGAUUUGAUAGUUAAGCAAGUGUAUGUUAAUAAUUCCAAUUAUUCGUAAAUAGGGCGCUCAUGCAUGCUCAUUCACAAUUAGCAUAAUCCCCACCUAUGAAUUAAAGGGAUCAUAUGAUACGAUUUAAAUUUUUCCUUUCUCUUUGAAAUGUUACAAGCUCUUGGUGCAUAAAGUAGAUCUGUA